UCAUCCAUCUCAAACAAGUAAUAACUAAAUUGAAAGAAAAAAGAAGCAGGAAAGAAGAUCUGUGUGUAUUUCUUUUUUACAUUUAAGCCACUGGGAGCCUCCCAGAGCCGCGAGAAGAAACGAUUCUCUCCGCCUCCCUCCUUCUCUUCCAUUACUCUCCUCCUCUGACUUCUCCAGCACUCUCAGCCAUCCAUGAGUGGGACCAACUCUUCUGCCUAUCGAUCGGAGCGUAGUUUCCAUCAAACUUCAUCUUCGUCCUCUUCCUCUGGUAACCCACACAUGGAGAAGAGCCGGGGACUGUUCACUGAGGACUUUGGCUCCUUCAUGAGGCCUGGAAGCAACGCCUUGGGCUUUUCCAGUGGAGCUGGAAAUAUCAAGACUCUUGGGGAUUCUUACCAGUUCACAGUUGAUGUCCAGGACUUCUCGCCUGAAGAUGUCAUCGUCACCACAUCUAACAACCAGAUUGAAGUUCGUGCAGAAAAGUUGGCCCAGGAUGGUUCGGUGAUGAAUACAUUCACCCACAAGUGCCAACUACCUGAGGAUGUGGACCCCACCUCGGUGACAUCCUCAUUGGGCGCUGAGGGGACUCUAACAGUCCGGGCACGGCGACAUCCAGCCAAACAUGAGCAUGCACAGACCUUUCGCACCGAGAUCAAGAUCUAGAGAAGGAUCAACUGUCUCAUCACAAACCCCUUUUCUUGUGUUUUUUUUUAAUGCCACUUCCUCUAUUUCCUGUCCUCACUGAUGUCAUUCUACAUGAAAUACUCUGAGAGUCGACUCUGUACUUUAUAAAAGAUGCCACAUCCUCACUUCAUGGCUGAAUGCCUGAUGCUGCUCAUUUAUAUUACAUAUUUCUGAGUUGAUUCACCCUAUACAGCAGUAAUAUCUCUUGCAUACCAAUGGCUCGUACAUGUAUAGCAUUCACACAAGGUUAUACACACACAGACACACACACACACACACACACACACACACAGACACAGACACACACAUGCACACAGUAGUUAGGUAACAGAUCAGUUCACUAUUUCACUUCUGUCCUCUAACACUAUUCUGAAACGUAGGCUAAUACCCACAUGAAAUUGAUGGUUUCUCAUUAAAAAUAAUUUAUUGUAUAUUAUUAUUUGUGUGAAUAAAAUUCUCCAGCUUUGAC